GUCUAUCAAUAAUGCAGUAACACACAGUGGAGGCUCUCUGGGUGCAUUUAUCCAGGUACUCUAAAGGUGCGCUGUGGUCCAGCCAGGUAGCACGUCUCCACAGCUUCAAAACACCUGAGACCACCAGGAAGGACAGGAAAGUAUCGUAACGUUUUUGAUUGACACAUGGAGCUGAUUGGAUCCACGCAGACGGCCACGUACACGCGGCCCAAGACCAGCAACUUCCUACCUGCCAUUUCCACCACAGCGUCCAGCUACAGGAACUUCCCGCCAGCCUUAACCGCCAACCAGAACGCCAACAUGCCCUGGAGGACUAACACCUACUUCAGGAGCGGAAGUGCUAUUCCCUCCAUCCUGUCCUCCUCCCAGAGAGACAACCUGGAGCUGGUCCGGGCCAAGACCAUGUUCUACCCCUCCAACAGGGCGGCGAUGAGCACGCGCUACAUGCCGGACGACUGGUUCAAAUCCAACUACAACAACUACAGGGAGUCCGAGUCGUCCAGGAACAGCGCGGAGAGGCUGCGGAGGGAUACGCUCAGACUGAUCCAGGACCGAGACCAGAUCACCCGCUGGACACAGGAGAGCACCAGCAAGAACCUCGGAGAGAGGCUGAACGACAUCACCUUCUGGAGGUCUGAGCUGCACCACGAGAUCGAUAACAUGGUGUCAGAGAUAGCAGCGCUAACCGAGGUGAAGAGGAGGCUGGAGAGAGCGCUCGCCGAGACCGAGGGGCCACUGCAGACGUCGCAAGAAUGCCUGUUCCACAGAGAGAAGAGAAUGUCCAUUGACCUCGUUCAUGAUGGUGUAGAAAAAGACCUGAUCAAGGAAGUGGAGGUGAUAAAGUCGUGUCAGGAGAGGAUGAGGAGGAGUCUGGACAAGGCUAUCGCUCAGCUAGCGUCAAAUCGAGCAGCUCAGCAUGAACUAGAGAGAGAUCUGAAUGAUAAGGUAACGGCUCAGCGGAUCGACGACAGGUGUCACCAGAUGAGGAACACUUCAGAUGGAAUCAGCUACUACAGAGGCAUCGAUCGCCUCGAUCCAUCCCUGAGUUUACCCGAUUCCUGGUCCAAAUUCACGGACGACAACAUCCUGCUCUCUCAGAGCGAACGAUCCACAUCCCACAAACUCCGAGACGAGAUCGAGGUUCUCCUCAACACCACCGCGAACGAGAUGUGGAACCAGUUCAACUCCGCCAACGUGUCCUUCACCAACCGCAUAUCUGAAAUGGCUGAGGCCAAGAACAGCCUGCAGACUCAUUUGGCGAAGACUCUUCAGGAGAUCUUCCAGACCGAGAUGCUCAUUGAAACCUUGAAAAAAGCCAUUCGAGAUAAGGAGAACCCUCUGAAAGUGGCUCAGACCCGUCUGGAGGAGAGAACCCGCCGACCCAACGUAGAACUCUGUAGAGACAAUCCACACCACAGGCUGGUGGGUGAGGUGAGGGAGAUCGAGGACUCGAUCUAUAAGCUGAGGGAGAGGCUGGCGGAGGCUGAGAACACUCUGCAGAACCUGGUGAAGACUAAAGUCACUCUGGAGCAUGACAUCUCAGUCAAGGCCAACUCCCUGUUCCUGGAUCAGGAGAAAUGCAUGAGCAUGAGGAGAAGCUUCCCCAGCACCCCACGUCUGGUGGGCUAUACCUAAACCACAGGAUCCAACAUUUUCUUUAACAUGAUUUAGGUCCUUCUUUUCAAACUUUAAAUCCUAAUCUUAAAUAUUACUUCUAAUAUCAGUACAGAUAAACAACUUCACAGUAAGCAUUAUUAACAUCUGGAUACAGUUUGACCAAAGUUUAAUAUCAAUUAUAUACAGUUGUUUUAAAAUGUAUCCAAACAUAAACCCAUUUCUUUGGUUGUUGUUGGUUGUGGAAUUGGUUGUGAAAUGUUCCUGUGACACUUGAAAUUAGGUUUAAUAAAUGUGAAGGAACACAAGUCCAUUACUUUUGCUAUGUUCAUUUUACUGCGAUGGUGCUGCAAAGUUAUUGAUGGUGCUGCUUGAGAAUUGUAUGAAUUAUCAUGAAAUCACAGUAACAAAAAACUACAGAGGGCUUUUAAUUUGAAACAACGCAUACAGGAAGUGAAGAAAUACAGAAACCUUAUUAUUUGGACGGUACUUCAUUCAUUUAAAGCCAUUUGGAGAGUAAAAUUUAAACAAAGAGAGGCAGACAGUCAGUUAAGUAAGCUAAACAAAGUUUUAUAGUUUUUAAUUCAUUCAUGUGUGUAAAGAAAAUAAAAAAAUAACCUCAAUUUUCUCUGAUGACAUUAUACAGCUCUGGAAAAAUGAAGAGAUGACUUUAGUUUCUGAAUCAGUUUCUCUGAUUUUGCUAUUUAUAGGUUUAUGUUUGAGUAAAAUGAACAUUGUUGUUUUAUUCUAUAAACUACAGACAACAUUUCUCCCAAAUUCCAAUUAAAAUUAUUGUCAUUUAGAGCAUUUAUUUACAGAAAAUGAGAAAU